AAUACUGACCAGCGAUUGGUCGAUUUGCUUACGACCUUACGACUACGUCGUUUACUACUAAACUUUUGCCACGUGCAAUGGCCUUUAUGGAGCUGGCCGCUCUCAGCUCUCAUUCUGGUCUUCUCUCUGAUACACGUCAUUGAUACAGUUGUCAAAGGCCAGUAAUCAUAAUCGGAUGUAAUACGUUUUUUCUGAGAAUUAGGAAAUUAAAUUUUACUCGAACCAGCAAUAGCGCACAAAUGGAGAGAAAACCGAAAGUUAUUGUCUUCGAUUUAGAUUACACUUUAUGGCCAUUUUGGGUUGACACUCAUGUAGAUCCUCCAUUUAAAAAAGGAUCACAUGAUAAGAUAGUAGAUGCACAUGGUAAAACUGUGCAAUACUACACUGAUGUACCAGAUAUAUUAAAACAAUUAUCAGAAGAAGGAUAUGAACUUGGUGUAGCAUCGCGUACAUCAGAAAUAAAGGGUGCUAAUCAAUUAUUAGAUCUAUUUGGAUGGAGAAAAUAUUUCAAAUAUAUUGAAAUAUUUCCUGGUAGCAAAGUCACACAUUUUUUUAAUAUUCAAAAAAAUUCUCAAAUCGAUUUUAAAGAUAUGAUUUUUUUUGAUGACGAAUCCAGAAAUAUUGUAGAAGUUGGAAAACUUGGAGUACAUGCCGUGUUAGUUAGAGAUGGUGUAACUAGGCAAGUUAUAAAAAGUGCUUUACAAUCAUUUAAUAAUUGAUAAACUUUAAUAAUUCAUAACUAUUGUGUAAUAUGUACAAAAUAUUUUUGAGUUAAUAGAAAUCUUGAUAGAAUAGAAAGUUUUAAGUUUUA